AUGAGUACGAAACGCGAAAUACGCAAACUCGAACGUGCAUACUACGCUCCUCAACAUUUAUGGCAGGGUGAGGGGGCCAUCGAUCAACUCGUCGCCAAGACGAAGAUAUCGCGGGAUGUUGUUAAAGAGUGGCUGUUUAAACAGAGCAUGUGGCAAAUUUAUCUUGCACCACCUAAACACGUACCGAGCGUACCGACGAGGCAAAGCGUCUCGGUAAACCAAGCCCAUCAAGCCGACCUACUCUUUUUACCGCACGAUAGGUAUAGAGGAAAAACGUACAAGUAUGCCUUGACGGUCGUCGACGUGGCGAGUAGAUACAAGGAAGCGGAACCAUUAACGACCAAAAAAUCGUCAGAGGUUGCACGAGCCUUUGACAAGAUUUAUGCGCGUAAGUUGACAUGGCCCGAAACGUUACAAGUCGAUUCGGGUAGUGAAUUUAAAGGUGAAACGUUAAAAGCUAUGAAGGGGCAUAAUGUACGUGUGAGCGUGGGAGUACCCGGUAAUCACAAAUCGCAAGGAAUCGUCGAAAGGUUCAACAAGACUCUUGCCAGCAAACUGUUUCCGCAUCAGUAUGCGCGAGAAAUGGUGGAUCCAACAAAACGCAACGUGGAAUGGGUAGAAAAUCUAAGACCCGUUUUGGACGUGUUAAACGCUCAAGGUCCCGACGAGGCCGUACGUAGGCGAGACGAAAUUAAAUACGAACCCAAGUAUAAUCGACCCGUUGGAUUGGAUGAGCAAGUCUUGGAUUCGAGCUUGCGCGUACGAUACCUGUACAGACCCGGAGAAUUGGAAGGGGGUGAAAGACGUAGAGCUACCGAUCCGAUAUGGAGCAUCGAUACGUACGACAUACGAAACGUCAUGAUCAAACCCAAACAACCCGUCUUGUAUUUUUUACAAGGCGUACCGAGGAGUUUUGUACGAGAAGAAUUGUUGGUCGUUCCCUUUGACACGCAAUUACCACCUAAAUGA